UGUUUUCGCAGUUCGGACAACCCCACUGAAAAAAAAGGCGUAUUACUUUUCCGUGGUAAACACUUUCGCCCAGUCCGUGUAUGACCAUGAUGAUGAACAACUUUGAAUUCUUAUCGGAAGGCCUGUCAAAUGUUAAAGUGCAGAGACGUCGGGACGCAGAGGCUCGAAGAAGAGAGAGGCUGUUCGAUGACAAACUGAGGAGCAUCGGAGUUGACAAGGAGUUUCUUGACAAGCAAGUGGCUGAGAAGAUGGCAAGGAAAAAGGCAGAAAAGGAAGAACAAGGAGCUCAUGAUGCUGCUAUGUUGGACAAUAUAGAACACGCUUCUCUGCUCCAUACUCAACAACUGAAGGUCAAACAUGACAUGGAGAAGGCCAUCGUGGACUACCGGCGUCAGUACCAACAGCCUCAUGGCGGGAAGGAGUUGGACGCGAAAGCGCAGAUGAUGAUGUUGCCUGGUCUGCUCGGCGAAGACCCAGACAGCAGGAGACGAGCACAGAGGCAGAGGGAACAGCUCCAAAGGUGGCUGAUCCAGCAGCAGGAUGAGAAGGGUGCAGAAAAACACAGACAGAAGAUGGAGAAGCUGCAGGACGACCGAAGGAGAAUCGACAUGGACAAUGAAGCUCUGCAGCGGCUGAACAAAGAACAAGAGAGGAGAAAAACAGCAGCAAUUGCGACUCAAGAGUGGAAUCGGAACACGAUGAUCAAGACCAAAGAAAGGCAUCUUCAGGAGCGUAAUCAAGACAUCCAGCAGAUAGAUCGGCACACAGGCGUGAUGGGAGCCCCUGGCCUCAACCCCAGCAUCGACAGGAAGCCGCCUCCUGACAGCUCAACGCAAAUCUCUCAAUUCUACAAACAUCAAAUUGAAGAGAAAAUGAGGGCGGAAUUAGAGAAGAAAAGAGAAGAGAUGCGACACGAUGGCAUCCGUCUGGAUUCGGCUCGUACAGCUGUGCUCUUGGAGAGGCAGCGAGCCCGACACAGGAAGCAGCUACGACGACAUGUUGACACGAGCAACAAAGAGCUGGCUGCAGCACAGCACAGGAAAGAGGACAUUGGAAGGGGACACAUUGAUGAGCGAUACUUCUCCCAAUUCAACACGAGCAGCCGCUGAUGACAACGAUGAUGAUCCAAAGCCGAGUUCCUCUGUGUUCCAAAAUAAAAGAGUGCAAAUGUGUGCAUAGAAAU